AUGGUUGACGCUUUUGCACCCGAAAGAGCAGAUUUGGACAACUCGCUUUUGUCCGUUGACAUGGGACGCGGUUGUGCAGCUCACGUCGAGGUUGAUUUCUAUGAAAUACCUGAUGAGAGGACGAGAUGUUGGCCUUUCUAUUUCUAUAUCCAAGAUAAGAUGUGCGCAAUGUUCGUCGCUGCAGAGCUGAAGGAGUGUUCCAAUCAUCACAUCAAAUGUCCUCGCCAAGACGUGUGCUUGAUGCCGAAGCGAGUACUCAGCAUUGGUAGUGGGGACACUGACAAAAUUAGAAUUCACCCUUCGCCGAGUCAGUACGGAACGUACGCUGCUCUCAGUCAUUGCUGGGGUCAACAACAACCUCUGAAGGUGACAACGGCCAAUUUCACGCAAAUGAGAGACAACGUCCCUUGGGAAAGUCUUAACUUGGUAUUUCAGGACGCCAUUCGAAUUUGCCGCGAGCUUGGUCUACAAUACAUUUGGAUCGACUCACUUUGCAUUCUGCAGGACGACACGGAAGAUUGGGAACGAGAAUCAUCGAACAUGGGCGCAUAUUACGAAAACGCAUAUGUUACAAUAGCAGCUGAUGCAUCUCGAGAUGGCACAGUUCCGUUGCUCUCUGCCAGGGAUGAAAUGUGGUUGCCAUCAAAAUUUGUGCUAGAUUUGCCCCAAUGCCAAAAGGUAGAUGUGAUCGCCCGACGUGACGCCCUAAGCUCCCCAAAUAAUUCACGGGGAAAUUCAGGCCCCCUUGCGUCUCGUGCUUGGGCUUUCCAGGAGGCUUUGCUAUCUCGCCGAACAUUACAUAUUACACGUGCUGAACUUAUCUGGGAAUGUAGGUCUGUGGUACGAGCGGAGGACGGGCUGAAACCCUUUCAACGUCACUCAAUAGGAUUACCGCAGCAGUUGUUGGAGUGUGAGUCCACGUCAGAACCGCACAAAAUAUGGCACGAUAUCGUUGCAGAAUUCUCCUCACGUCAAUUGACAUACGAUACUGACCGCUUGCCAGCAUUGAGCGGCGCGGCCAGAAAUUUUAAACCCUUGUUGAAAUCAGAAUACGUCGCAGGGCUCUGGGAGAAGAACUUAAUAAUGGACCUCUGCUGGGUGAAUCCUUUGUCAGGCCCUGGUCUGGCAACGUGCAAAGCCGAUUACAUUGCACCGUCUUGGUCAUGGGCCUCCAUCAAAUCUGCCGAAUACCGAGUCGACAAAACUGGUCAGUAUCCGUUUACUUCAUUGGCGACUGUAGAAGAUAUCAAAUGUGAAAUUGCGGGGUUGAAUCCAUACGGCCAUGUGACAAAGGGCUGUCUCGAAUUGAGAGCCUUGCUAUCAAACGUAGAGAUCAAUUGCCCUGAGCCAACUGAAGCUUGGAAAUAUAGUCUAGGCAAAGAUCCUGAAAGGGUAUUUCACCCAGAUUGCAUUUUGACACAGAGUAGUGGAAGCAUACAAAGAGCUGGCGCAACAGACAGAUUGCUACCAUUCUCACAGCCUCUCCCAUGCAUACUACUAGGUUAUGAACAGGGCAAUGACUCCAAGAAAAAUGGGACAUCUCAUGUAGCUUUAGCCCCUACCAAAGACGCCACUCUUGAUUCCCACUCUGAAUCGUCGACGUUAUCACCAUCUCCGGAUCAGCUCUAUGACACACGAUUCUACGUCAUGGUUCUUGGAAUAAUUGACACUUCAACUUACAGCCGAUUAGGACUUGCUCACUUGUCUGAUAACAGAUGGUUCGAAAGUGCAAUAGAACAGGUCGUACGAAUCGUGUGA